AAAAAGACGAAGGGGUGUUUGAAAUGUUAUUGACGCUCCUCAUAAAUGAAUCUCAGAAUAGUUUACUUUGAUUACUUUGACCCUACUUUUAUUACUGAAAGAUCUGAAAAAUGCCAGUCCCUUUGUACCCAAUGUAUUUGGAGACACCUUACUCCUUCAAAUACACGAAUCUAACCCCAGCGAUAACAAACUGUACAGGAGGCGUUGUGUGGAUCCACAAAGUGCUUGGCGAAUGUGUGCUGACCAACCGACAGUAUGCAUCAGUUAUCUGUGGACUUGUCUCCCUUCUUAUUUGGAUGACAGUCGGCUUUCCGCAGAUCUACAAAAAUUGUCGCAACCCGGCAGGCCUGGAGGGACUGUCUCUUCUGUUUGUAAUUCAAUGGCUUUUAGGUGAUAGUACAAAUUUAAUAGGAUGUAUUCUAACAGAGCAGUUACCAGUGCAGACGUACACAGCAGUGUAUUACGUCUCUGCUGAUCUCGUGCUAUUGUCACAAAUCAUCUACUUCAAAACAAAAAAACAUUUAUCAGAAAAAGGAGCAAGAAGCAGUGCUGAACAAUUCACCUGGUGAUGUACCCAGAAUUAUUCUGUGUAUAUCAGGGAUUUUUGCAGUAUCCACCUUAUGGGCACUCUGGGGGCAUGACACCUUCUCCCCGGACCCACCAAGAGUUCAGAUCACCAGGUUCCCCGCUGACGAACUCUUCUGGCAGCUGACCAACAUAACCUCAGACAUACACACGUUUUUAAGGGUGCUCUGGAUAUCACUGGUUAUGUGAUAGGGGUCAUCUCUGCGUCAUUCUACGUUGGUGCUAGAGUUGCUCAGAUCUAUAGAAAUUGGUCCCGCAAGUCCACAGAAGGGUAGCCCCUUUUCAUGUUUCUGCUGGCUGUGCUAGGAAAUUUGUUUACGGGUCUUGGCUGUGUUCCUGCAGUCAACUGAUGUGGUAUUUAUUAUUCGUCACCUUCCCUGGAUCAUCGGCAGUCCUAGGAAUCAUGGGAUUUGAUCUUUCUAUUUUAUGCCAGUCUUUAUAUUACAGUCACCAGAACCGCCUUAUCCGGGAAUUGGGUGGAACAGACCCUCUUCUAGACAGUGACCCGAUUAACUCCUGAUCAUUGUUUUUCUCUGCUGAGCUGUUGGGGGUGGAAACUUGACAGAGAUCUGUGUAGUGUUCUCAUGACAGGGCGUGGCAGGUCAGGUAGAGGGAGAUAACCAUGUUUAACUGACAAUACAGCAGUGCGCUCCCCUUCAGGUGAAUAGACGAGGGCUGUAUUUGAAUUCUGAGUGUGUAAUUGGAGUGCAGUAUCCUUGUGUCAUUUGAUACAAAGGUGUAAGUUUAAAGGGAGCACAGAGGGCACUUUACUUCAGUAUUGCUCUUGUUGCACUUUGUCCCAAUCCCAGAGAAGAGGGGAGUGAAAACGUUCGCACUUUGUUACACUUUGGCACGCAAAGCAUCAUUCUCAUUUGGGACGAGCAAGCAUACUGAGAUUCGAAUAUGCCCCUGGUAUGUUGUUUGUCUUUCCCUAAAGUUCAUAUGGUUCACAUUAUUGUAAUCACAAUGUAGUGUUAUUUUCCCUCCCU